CAUCCCCAGCCGAAUCGUCGUACCAUCAAAAGACACCAAAAGACACAUCAAAAACCGUCAAUAUGGUCCUCGCCGUUGAUCUCCUCAACCCGUCCCCGGCCGCUGAGGCCCGCAAGCACAAGCUCAAGACUCUUGUUCCUGGUCCCCGCUCCUUUUUCAUGGACGUCAAGUGCCCGGGAUGCUUCACAAUCACCACCGUCUUCUCGCACGCCCAGACCGUCGUCGUCUGCCAGGGCUGCUCGCAAGUUCUGUGCCAACCGACCGGUGGCAAGGCGCGGUUGACUGAGGGCUGCUCUUUCCGCAGGAAGUAAACGACCGCUCCGAGUUACGUUGGCGGGGUUUGUGCGUUCUUAUGACGAUAUGUAAUGGAACCGGGUUGUAGAUCUUAUCGACACUGAUCGACUCGACUGCGGAUAGAAGAGGGAUCUUUCGACGAUUCGAGUCAAGCCAAAAUCAAAACGGGAGUUCCGGAUAUCUUGCGAUGAUUUCAACAACCCUGUGUCCCUCAAUUCUUAUUUCCUUUGUUGGGGCAUGCCUUUCCAUGGGAUUAUGCACAUGCAUGUGGAAGGGGAGAUGUGCAUUUCAGAGCUCUGGAUCAAUCGUCUGGCGCGAGGACCGGUGUGCAAUCGAGGAUACCUCUGCCUGCAAGUGUUCUUGUCCGAAAUUGAACGAAUCAAGCGCUUUGCAGUUUUUG